AAGAGCUUGCAAAGUGGGCCAAAGAAAAAUUUGAUCUUGACAAUACCCCUAACCAAGCAACACUUUCACGAAUUCUUGCUAAACAAGAUGAAUAUCUCAAGAUGAAUGAUAAAAAAGACCUUAGGAUCAAACGCUACCACCAAGUACUUCAACCACAGCUAUAUGAAGCAUUAGCAAAUUGGGUUUUGCAAUACCAAGCAAAAAGAAUUUAUUUAACUGAGGAAUUAAUAUAUGAAAAAGGAAGAAAACUUGUUAAACAACUUG